AUGCCAGCAACUGUGUUUCGCCGGGGUUUAUUAUUAAAACCGAACAUGAGCGCGGACGCAAUGAAUUUUGACGAUGACAGUUACGUAGAUGUAAACUCUCUGCCAUUGAAGCCACCACAACCAUUAGUUCUACCAGAAAAACCGGUACGUCGAUCUUGGCAUCCUGUCAUGUGGGAUGACGGCAACCAAGCAGUAGCUCAACCAAUAGAGGGAAAGAUCCACACGCCAUCAAAAGAGUUUCCCCAUAAGAAACAAAUUCGCAACAUACGGCGCUUAAUUGCUGAAGGAAAAGUAAAACCAACAUCGGAAACACUAAUUUUCUUUUUGUGUAAUAAGUUUGCAAUUUCCGAAGAGCGACAGGCCCGUAUGCUUGACAACUGA